AUGCAGACAUGGGGGCAGUCGCGAAAUGCUGUUGCUGAAUUCCGGUCUGCAACUUCAACGGAGUCUGGCAACACACCAUCAUUCAAGAAUAUACAUAACGAUGAUGGGAUGCUUGCUUGGAAUUCAACUUUGAGCAUGAUCUCGUGUUUGAUGAAUGCGGUCGCAGAUUCUAUGUUGAUCCAUCGAUGCUACGUUAUCUGGAAUUCCAACGUGUUCGUGCUGUACCCACUUAUCUUUGCCACCGUGAUUCUGAAUGGAUUCGAUCUGGGUUGCAUUCUUGCAGGCACUGUCGGGCUCACUCAAUCUACGCCUGGUCAAGCUGAUUCCAGGCUUCUAUCGAGGGUUCUCACCGCCAAUAAUGCAGUGAUUAUAGUCAUAUCUUUGUUCCAGAUAGUUUUGACGUUCAUGACGGGAGGAAGGAUUUGGUGGAUCGGCCGAAAAGCAAGGCAACUACUAGGAAGGCCCACUCCGAACAGUACCGACUUCGCAACUAUUGUGGCGAUCGUCGUUGAGUCUGGGUUAUUGUACGCAAGCACACUCUUGGUGUUCUUUAUCAUAGAGCGUGUAUUGAACCCAGGGCUUCGGGGUGAAAUUUCCUUGAAUUUUGGUAUCGUCGUGACGCUCAUGUCGGGUAUUGCUCCUACGUUGAUCAUCGUUCGGGCAGCAUAUGGUAAAUCUGUGGACACCGUUCACCAGAUGUCAACAAUGUUACACUUUGCGGAUGCUAUUCCGGAACCGAACAACAGCGCCGGUUUGAGAAUCGACGGCCUGCCGGUAAUUAUUGACCUCGAGAACCGAUAA